AAAGGGGAAGUAGGCGAUGGUCUCAUGCUAUGCUAUCCUUUUUGAGAAAAUAUGCAUUACAACAUUAUAACAACUGUCAAAGUUGAGAUUUAAAUUGCCCUUAUUAUUUGGCCUUUCAAUUUCUCUCGCCAUCACUUUGCUGUGGCUCCGUCUGUUCCCACAGCACAACAUUUCCAUUUCCAUUUCCAUUUUUUAUUCUAAAGCUAUACUUCUUCCUUCUCUGCAACACUGUGGCGCCUCCCAUGGCGAUCUCCAAAUUCCUCUUUCUCCUUCUUCUUUUCCUUCCCUUUUCUUCUCCUGAGUUUGUUCCCUCUGACAUUUAUCUUCUCAGCUGCGGCUCGUCCUCCAGUCCCACCUUCUUUAACCGUACCUUCGUCGGCGAUUCAGUCAAACCCGCCUCCGACUUUCUCACUGCUGGCCGAUCGGUGGCGGUUUCCAAUCGAAAUCCGCCUCCGGAUUCUGAGCCUUUGUAUCAUACGGCCAGAGUUUUCACCAGCGCCUCAAGCUACAGAUUCAACAUAAAAAAGAACGGUACUCACUUGCUGCGGUUCCAUCUUUCGCCAUUUUCGGCGCCGGAAUUCGCUUUACAUUCCGCAAAUUUUACUAUCUGGGCUAAUGGUGCUUUUCUUUCUAUGAUUUCUCGCGUUAACGAUUCUGUGAUUAAAGAGUUUAUGGUGAGAAUUGACACCAAUGUGCUUGAAAUCGAGUUCAAACCGGUUUCGAGUACAGUUUUCGGGUUCGCAAAUGCAAUCGAGGUAUUUUCAGCUCCUAAAGAACUCAUUACCGAUAAUGGAGCUAAGCUUGUGGAUUCUUAUGGAGUUCGAGAAUAUUACAAACUCACUUCACAAAUUUUGGAAACGAAAUACAGAAUUAACGUUGGGGGUUCUCUGGUGACCCCGUUCAAUGACAGCCUAUGGAGAACUUGGGUGCCUGACGAGCCUUUUCUGGUAUUAAAAUCGGCGGCAAAGGUCGCCGCAACUUUUCACGCGCCGAACUAUCAGGCCGGUGGCGCUACCAGGGAGGACGCGCCGGACAGCGUUUAUAUGACAUUGCAACAGAUGAACAAGGAAAACUCAACUUUGGGUGCAAAAUUCAACCUCACUUGGAACUUUCCAUUGGAAUCUAAUGGCGCGAAGCACUUGAUUCGCUUGCAUUUCUGUGAUAUUGUUAGCUCUGCUCUUAAUCAGCUGUAUUUUAAUGUGUAUAUCAAUGGCUAUUCUGCAUAUAGGGAUCUGGAUUUGUCAUCUCUUUCAUUUCACCAGCUUUCAACUCCUCUUUAUGUUGAUUUCAUUGUGGAUUCUGCUGGUUUUGGGAAUAUUCAGAUAAGUGUUGGACCGUCUGAUCUGAGCAGUUCAUUCAGAUAUAAUGCGAUCUUAAAUGGAGCAGAGAUCCUGGAAAUGGUGAAUGCUAAGGAUAUGUUUUCAGAAGCUGAGAAGAAGAAGAGAAAUUUAUGGGUUAUUGUAGGACCUGUUGUUGGUGGAUUUGUUGGUUUAUGUUUGGUUGUUGCUGCAAUUCUUGCUUUGGGAUGCAAAAGGAGGAAGAAGAGGAAGCCGAGGCGGGCCGAGAGUGCAGGUUGGACAUCGGUUCAGGCGUAUGGAGGAGGCAGUUCUGAUAGUAAAUUAUCAAGGGGAUCAACUCUUGCAACAUCUUUUGGACCAAAUGGAUACCACAGCUUGAAGAUCCCCUUUGCCGAUAUUCAGUUGGCGACAAACGACUUCGACAAGAGUUUGAUCAUUGGUUCGGGCGGAUUUGGUAUGGUUUACAAAGGGGUUCUUGGGGACAAUAUAAAUGUUGCUGUGAAGAGAGGUGUGCCAGGAUCACGUCAGGGUCUGCCUGAAUUCCACACUGAGAUUGCCAUUUUGUCCAAGAUUCGACAUCACCAUCUUGUUUCGCUUGUUGGAUAUUGUGAUGAACAGUCUGAAAUGAUACUGGUUUAUGAAUAUAUGGAGAAAGGUCCAUUGAAAAAGCAAUUGUAUGGCCCGAUUGUCUCACCGUUGUCAUGGAAGCAACGACUCGAAAUCUGCAUUGGUGCAGCCAGAGGUCUUCACUACCUCCACACUGGUUUUGCACAGGGCAUCAUCCACCGUGAUAUCAAGUCGACCAACAUUUUGCUGGAUGAGAACUAUGUUGCUAAAGUUGCAGAUUUUGGUCUUUCAAGAUCCGGGCCUCGUCUCGAUGAAACCCAUGUUAGUACUGGAGUUAAAGGCAGCUUCGGCUAUCUAGAUCCCGAGUAUUUUCGAAGACAACAACUCACUGAUAAGUCGGAUGUCUAUUCAUUUGGAGUAGUUCUCUUUGAAGUUCUUUGUGCUAGGCCUGCUGUUGAUCCAUUGCUUGCUAGGGAACAAGUAAACCUUGCGGAAUGGGCACUGCAUUGGCAAAGGAAAGGCAUGCUCGAAAAGAUUAUCGAUCCACAUUUGGUCGGGCAAAUCAAUCCGAGUUCGUUGAAGAAGUAUGGAGAAACAGCAGAAAAAUGUUUGGCUGACUAUGGUAUUGACAGACCAACCAUGGGAGAUGUGUUAUGGAACUUGGAAUAUGUUCUUCAACUACAAGUCGGGAUACAGACCGAACCAUUGGAACCCGUGGACAUCGACGACUCCGACUUCCCAACAUCCACAGCAAUUCAUCCUAGCAACUUGAGGAGACAUUCAGAUGAAAGUACUGGUAAUUAUUCAGACAUAAGUACAACCAAAGUUUUCUCCCAAUUGCUUACUAAUGAUGGAAGAUAGAUAGCUUUAUGAUUGAUUCUAAAACAUAAGAAGCAAUCCGAAUAGUCAUCAUUCUCUCUUCUUACACCAUAUUUUAGAGGUACCUUAGUUACAUUUUACUGUAGGAAAAUUACAGCCGAGAGUGUUAUCUUGGUUUAAUGUUGUGAAUUCUGUAGUAUUGUAAAUUUACCUCAAAAUUGAAAUGAAAUCCUAAUAAUCUA